GCGCACAGUUUCUGUAGUCAACACAGAAGAUCUGUCAGAGCUGCAUGUUAUGCUCCUCAUAUCUCUCUCACGAUAAUAACCCAAAUCAUAGACAACUAUGGCGUCCUUGUCAUUUUCGACCCUUUUAAAGACCCGAGACUAUCUGCAUAAGUAUAAUUUGUGCAGUGUUUUGUAUACGCAUGGGUUUGUGAAUCGGUCCUUCAGGGCUCGGUUAUCGAAACGGAAUUUCUGUACCAGGUUCCGUGGAGCCAGGCAUGUAUUGGCAAAACAAACCGAACCCCAAAACUACGCUUCAGUGAUGUAUGCCAGCUCUUCAAGCAGUGAAGAUAUCACUAAGGGUCUCUGGACUGUUUAUAAUGAAACCAAAAAGAAAACCGAAGACUCGAUCCCGGCUAUAUGCAAAAACUCUGUCAAUCCUGACACUAUUUUUGCCAACAACGAAAUGAGCCUCGGAGACAUAGAGAUUUAUGGGUUUGACUACGACUACACGCUGGCUUUCUACUCCAACCAACUCCACACUCUCAUCUUCAAUAUAGCCCGGGACCUCCUGAUCGCAGAGCAUAACUACCCCGAGGGCCUGCGAGACUACGAAUACGUCCCAGAUUUCGCUGUCAGGGGAUUACACUACGAUGUUCAAAAGGCCCUGUUGAUGAAGAUCGAUGCAUUUCACUACAUUCAGUUGGGAACUGUGUACAGGGGUCUUCACCCCGUACCGGACGAGGAGGUCACCGCCAUGUAUGACGGCCUCCAUGUUCCUCUGGAGAACAUGAGUGAUUUCUACGGCAAGUCACACGGCCACACCCUGAAGCAGUUCAUGGACAUCUUCUCCCUGCCGGAGAUGACGCUGCUGUCCUGCGUCAACGACUUCUUCAUGAGGCACAACAUCGACUACGAGCCGGUCCACCUGUAUAAAGACGUCAAGGCUGCCAUCAGAGAUGUCCAUGUCAAGGGCAUAAUGUACCGGGCUGUGGAAGCAGAUAUAGACCGAUACAUCUGCUACGGAGAGCAGAGCCACGCGGUGCUCAAGAAGCUGAAAGAGGACGGGAAGAAGAUGUUUCUCAUCACCAACAGCCCCUUGGACUUUGUGUGAGUCGGGAUGAACUUCAUCGUGGGAAAGGACUGGAGGGACCUGUUUGAUGUGGUCAUCGUGCAGGCAGACAAACCUGGGUUCUUUAACGACAGAAGAAAGCCGUUCAGGCGCGUGACAGAAACGGGUGUGCUGCUCUGGGACAGGAUACACAAGCUGGAGAAGGGACAGAUCUACAAACAGGGUAACCUGUACGAGUUCCUGAGGCUCACCGGGUGGAGGGGGUCCAAGGUGCUCUACUUUGGGGAUCACAUCUACAGCGACCUGGCUGACCUGACGCUGAGGCACGGCUGGCGGACCGGAGCCAUCAUACCCGAGCUGCGUCAGGAGAUCAAGAUCAUGAACACGGAGCAGUAUGUCCACAUGAUGAGCUGGGUGCAGGCGCUCACCGGCCUCAUAGAGACCAUGCAGGUGCACCGGGACCCAGCGUCCCACGCCGUGGUGCAGGAGUGGGUCCGCGAGAGGGACAACAUGAGAUCCCAGUCCAAGGAGAUCUUCAACUCCCAGUUCGGCAGCCUCUUCCGCACGUACCACAACCCCACCUACUUCUCCCGCCGCCUUUCCCGCUUCGCCGACAUCUACAUGCCCUCCGUCAGCUGCCUGCUGAACUACGACUUCCAGCACACCUUCUUCCCGCGCCGCACGCCCCUGCAGCACGAGGCCCCCUUCUGGCCCAACAUCCGGCCCACUGAUGGCCGGCUGGAGCAGGACUGAACCGUCCCCCGUCCCCCGUCCCCCGUCCCCCGUCCCCCGUC